GCUGCGGCAGAAGUCUGCCUGAGUGAUAAUGGAAAUUUAGAAAAUAAAACGUUUAUUUUAGUGUGAUUUUCGUGAUUUUUUUAGUGAAAAGUGACACAAAAUAUGGAUUAUGAGAGCGUAGUCUACAAUGCUGCCCGUGACGGCAACCUAAACAGGCUUAAGAUCUACCUACACUGUAACAAAGGUAAAGACGAGGUGUCCAUGCUAGUGGCGGCGAAGACUUCAGGGGCUACCCCCUUGGUUAUAGCUUGCCGGAAUGGACACUAUGACGUUGCUGAGUACCUUAUAGAAAAAUGUCAUGCCGAUAUAGAACAGCCUGGAUCUGUAAUGUUCGACGGCGAAACCAUAGAGGGCGCGCCGCCACUAUGGUGCGCGGCGGCAGCUGGUCAUCUCGACAUCGUAGUAUUGCUAAUUAGGUACGGGGCCAAAGUCAACACCACUACACGUACCAACUCCACCCCCCUUAGGGCUGCUUGCUUCGACGGCCACAUGGAUAUCGUUCUGUACCUAGUUCAGCAUGGAGCCGACAUAGAAGUAGCUAAUAGGCAUGGUCACACCUGCUUGAUGAUAGCUUGCUAUAAGGGCCAUAUCAACAUAGCCAAAUAUUUACUUAGUCUAAAUGCCAGUGUUAAUAGAAAAAGUGUUAAGGGAAAUACAGCGUUGCACGAUUGUGCCGAAUCCGGAAGUCUGGAAAUUUUAAAAUUGUUACUUGAACACGGGGCGAAAAUGGACGUAGAUUCUUAUGGAAUGACACCAUUGAUGGCCGCCGCAGUGACGGGACAUAAUCAUAUAGUAGAAUAUUUAAUUAAGAUUCCUGAUCUAGUAUCUAGAAAAGAACGUAUCGACGCUAUAGAACUGUUAGGUGCAACUUGUGUGGAUAAGAAACGUGAUAUGAUAGGUGCUUUAGAAUUAUGGAGAAUAGCUUUACAUGAAAGGUACUUUUAUGAUCCCAAACAUCCGAUUGCAAAACCACCAUCCCAAAAAGUACCUGCAUACGAUAACGUCCAAGAAGUAAACGAUAUUGACAGCCUCGAUGACCUGCUUGCCGAUCCCGACCAAAUGAGAAUGCAAGCAUUGGUCAUGAGGGAAAGAAUAUUGGGACCUGCCCAUCCUGAUACCAGUUAUUAUAUUCGUUAUAGGGGUGCAGUAUACGCAGAUGCAGGUAAGUUCAACAGAUGUAUCGAACUAUGGAAUUACGCUUUGGAUAUGCAGCAGUCCAUGUUGGAAAGGCUAAAUCCAAUGACACAGAGUAGUCUAUUCAGUUUUACGGAACUAUUCUCGUUUAUGAUGUGCGAAGAGGGCAAACACAGGGGAACGAGAGGACGAGUUGUGCCUUCCGUCGAAGUUGCGGAGAUACUAAGGGUUUUUAAUAAGGCCGUUAGGGAAGUAGAAUUAGGAAGUAUAGCAAUAGACAGAAUGCCGAAUUGUAAGGGCGAUGUAAAUUAUUUAACUCGAGUUAUGGUAAUAACCCUCCAUCUGGCCUGUUUGCUGACUCGACUCUUAGACCACCACACGAGCAGCGAAGAAGUUACCAAGGAAAUCCACCAGGCAAUCUACAAUUUAGUCAAACUAAAAGUUAAAGCAAAGUCCGGAAGAACGAUGCUGCAUUUAGCUUGCUGUAGGGACGUGGCAAUUUUAGGAAGGUAUCCCGCCUGCCAGUUCCCGUCUCCACAUCUAGCAGAGGUAUUACUGAGAGUAGGAGCCGAUCCAAACCUAAAGGACGACGACGGCAACACACCUCUCCACCUCACCGCCAUGGCCAAACCGUGUCCAUCAUCGGUAGUUCAGGUGCUGCUCGCCAAUGGUGCCCAUAUCGACACCGUGAACAAUGCCAGCCAAACGUUCGCUGAUCUGUUGAAAGGUCAGCCCGUGCACCAAUUGGUCAACACGGCGAAAUUCACGAGACUGAGUUGCGCAGCCGCGCGAGUGAUAAAACAGUUCAAAAUACCGUAUAGAGGGAACGUACCCUCGAAACUCGAGUCGUUCAUUGCGUGCCACUGAAUUGAUUUAACUGUUUUGUGAUUUAAGUAAGUUCUUUUUUGUAAAUGUCGGUAAAUGCAUGUGAGUCGACUGGUUAGAGAUUUUUUUGAUUGGAAGGAUAAUUUACUGGGAGCAUGGGAUUAAAUUAAUAUAAAAUACAAAAUUCUUACAAAUAUUUAACAAUCAGAAUGGUUACAGAAAAUUAAUUAUGGUUAAUGACGGUCCCAAAGUACACUCUCGUUUUUUACCUCUUGAAACGAUUUAUUUUCUUAUCAUCAUUAUCACUAGAAAAACUUUUAAGUAUGUUCUGAUAAUUAUAAUGGUGAUCAGCAAAUAAAUUGAUUAAAUCGAAAAAGCAAGACGUUGUACUUUUUUGACUGACAAUUUUAAAUAUUUGACUAUAGAAAUCCUUGAAAGACCAUUUUGAAAAUAGUACGUUUUUUAUCAGUCUUGAGUGUACCCUUGUCUUCUACAUUGACCAUUCUCUUCUUUGUAACUUGAUUGCCUUUCUCGAUCCAACAAAAUCUACGAUUUAUAAUUUUCUGGGGAAAUAAGAUCUAUGUGAAAAAAAAUAUGAAUCUUUGUUUACCGUUUUGAUUUUAAUGUGGACACCUUAAAAGUGACUUGUGUUCACUAUAUUUAAUAUGUUGUGUUUACAAAAACUACAUUUUAUACAUUUGUGUUCGUUUGGUUUCGUUUUUUGUUGGUCUACACUUGAUGGAUUUAUUUUAUUCGAUUAUUGUCCGGCGCUAGUUUUAUUUGUAUAAAAAAUUAUUCUUCUAAUGACCCAUUUUUAAUAUAGUUAACAUUUCGAUCUAUAACAUAAGUAACUAAAGUAUUGUUUGUCAAAGAAAGGGACAAGUUUAAGAUUUUGCUUGCCUGUACAGAAGAAAUUUGGACACCAUUCGGGAAACAAGUGUGCACAGCAUACACCAUUUGACAUGCUGCUUUUUCAUUAUGUGUACACAAACUCUAUACGGUGUGUGAAAACCAAAGUUUAGUGAUACAGCUUGAGAUAUGCUCUCACCUAAAUUUUUACAUUGAGGUUUCAAGCAUUUUCCUAGAUUUGAAAAACUGUACUGAUUUCCUUACUCUCGAUCCUCGGCAUUUUCUAAGUUCUGGCAGCAUAUUCAAAAUCUAGCAAAAAUUGAUAAACAAUUAAGUGAAAUAACUUUUAUGUAAUGUUUAAUCCCAUCAAACUAAAUUAUAAUGCGAAGCAAUAUCAAAAAACAUUUUAACCAGAGUGGACACGACUUUUAUUUUGUUAUAAAAUAUAGACUUUUGAAGAAAAGUGCAUAUAUUUGUUGAACAUCGUAAGGUUCAGAAUUUCUUAGUUUCUGGGCUAAUUCUUGUGUUUUAUUUUGAAAAAAAAACUUGUUAAUGUUAAAAAUAGUAAUUUUACAGAAUGUGGCAUAUAUAAAUUUAGAUGAAAAUAUGAAAAUGCAUUUUAUGGUUAUCUCUAGUAAACGCAGAACUGUUAUAUAUACCUCUACUAUAAAUGUUUUACAGUGCAUGAACAAUAAAUACCGCCUCCGCUAAUAUUAACCAAUGAUAAGAAUUUGGACUUGUUAUGACACGUUACUACCUUAUGCUUCUAGUGGUUGAGGUAGUGUUUAAAAGUCGUGCAGACUAAUACAACAUUUGUGGUAAAUACAUCUGAAGUCUUGGGUAAAAUACAUCAUAAGGAUUGCAGCAAACAAAAGUAAAUAAUAUUUCUAAUAUUCGUUAAUAUUCGUAAUGAUCAAUGAUCAUGAUACUUUCAAUGACAGCAGAGGUUUGCUCUCACAUGUAAAGAAGAUGUUUGUAACUCAUUUAGUAGGCACGUUAAGCCAUCGGACUAACGCGCUCACUGUGGGUGGUAUAACGACUUGGAUCGAUACACAUUGCAGCCAGAAAUAUCUGAAAUGCCGUAGUAUAAAAUUCAAGUUUGAUCUUCGGCUUUGAAUUGGAAUUCACCAAAUAAUUGGGUCGAUCGAUGGAGGAGGAGUACAAUGAAAGACAUGUGACAUGACUCGGCAACUCUCAGUCAGUGAUGCUUCCAGAAAUGACUAAAAUGAAGAGGACAACUCACAAAACUUCAAUCUAGUGACAGUUUGAUACAUCAGAUGAGUCCAGAAAUAACUGAACACUCUAUACUGAUUUUAAAUUAAGUCUAUGGAAGAAUAAAAAUGUCACGUACUCUCAAAUAUUCAAGCCCAAAUUACAAAUAUGUUUGAGUAUUUUUCGCUGAAUGCUAGUUCAAAAGAAUUGCUUACUAAUAUCAGUUGUUCAUUUUUGAUCAUAUGGAAAAAAAUACUAUGAAACUGUUUUAUAGAAGAUGAUGUUUCAUAAUGACUGCCGUGUGAAACCACUAAUGAAGAAGGAUUCGUAAGACAAACAAAGAAUUAAAAGAGUUAUAUAAACAGCCUAAUAUAAAAAGUAAAACGAGUACAGAAUUUUCUCUGGUGGGAAUCAAUUUGAAAUAAUGCUAAAUAUAAGGAUGAAAAAAAAAACACAUGAAAAUAUAUAUGUGUGGACUAACAAGCCGAUAAAUAACAAUAAAUAGAUAAAAACAAAAUAAAACGAAAAAAGGCACAGAAAACUAGGAUGAGAAAGAUAUUAAUAUAUUAAGCUGUCUAAAAUCCGCCCGCUCCUACUAUUUUAUGCAUCACAAAAUUGAAAUUAAUAAAUUCUUGGAUAACUGAACUAAUGUACCUGUAUAUUGUUUAUAUCUUAGUGACGUUACCAUUCAAAAUGGCGGGCUGGUGCCAUUUUGAAAAAUUAUUUUGAACUAGAUCAUAUGACAAGUAAUACUUCAUUUGAGCGGUCUUGUGUCACUCGCUACCUAACUUUAAUUGUGUGCGAACCAUUUAAUGUUUAAUGCCGACAGUGUGCAAAAGAUACGGGCUACUCAUAAUAAGAACAGGACAAUUUAUUUUUAUAACCUCAUACUUUCUGGUAGAAUUUAUUAGAUCCUAUUUAUUGAAAUCUGUCCAAAAUAUGACACUCAUGGACAUUUUUUAGUCAGAAAUGGCAAUACAUAGCCUGUGCUACAUUAUUUGAAAGCUCUCUCAGUACGUUUCUUGUGUCACACUCUAUACGCUUCUAGAUUUUUGUGCGAAUUUAUUGCGUCGUCUCAAAAUGGCGACGUUGAAUCUUGGAAUUGAUUUCCAGGGAAAGAAGAACUCUUUCCUAGUUCUACAAUCAUACUGAGUAACACAAAAGCUUUCGAAUGAUGUAUUUAAUGCCAUAUAUAUCAUUUAAAAAGCUGUCGAUGACGUCAUAUUUUGACAGAUCUCGAUAAAAAAAUAUCAGAGUGUGCGAAAUUGGAAAAAUAAAUUCACGUGUUCCAUAAACGCUGAAGACUUAAAAAUGAUUAAUAUAUACUGUGUAUGUGUUAAGUAUAUGGGUUGAAUUUACCGAAAGUACAAGCUGAUUAUAGUCGCAAAUGUCAAACAUGGAACAAAAAAUUUCAGUUUAGCAGUGUUGGUAUGUUUUUAUAAUAUAGAUGCUGUAUGGUUCAAAUAUAAAAUGAUAAAACUUUAAAAAAGUACAUUUUGUUUAUAUUAUGUUAUGAAUUCUGCAAUUUUUUAUUUAUAUAAAACAAAAAUGAGUAAAUAUUUGUUUCUUUGGAGGUUAAUUGCAGUUAAUUAUUAGACAUUUUUUUUGGCAAUUACCCGUUGAUAAAUUAGGGGAUAUAUUUGGCAAUCGUCAAAUCAGCAGUUGCCAGAUUGCAACAGAUAUUUGCAAAUAAUCUCGAAAGAGACAAAUAUUUACAAGUUAUUGUUUCAUAUAAAUUAAAAAUUGCAGAAUUCAUAAAAUGGUAUAAUCAAAAUGUACUUUUUAAAAGCUUUCUCUCUUUAUAUUUGAAGCAUACAACAUAUGCAUUAUAAAACAUUCCAACACUGCCAAACCGAAAUAUUUCAUGUUUGACACUUGCGGUUAUAUUCAGCUUGUACUUUCGGUAAACUCAACCACUGUAUGUAAAUACAUAUUUUUACCGCAUAUUAAACAAUCGAUGUUUGUAAACAACGCCAUAGAAUUGGUCAAAAAUAAAAUAAUUUUUAAAAUAAAUAAAAUUGAAUUAUCCUGCAUAUGAUCGCCUUUGAAAUAAUUUUACAAUAUGUUACCCGGCCGCCAUUUUGAAUCAUUACGUCACUAAAAUGUAGAAAUAAUGUACUGGCACAGAAUAAUAAACAAUCAGAAGGGCCACUCUCAGAUGCCGCCUUUGAAGUUUUUCAGCACGCGCGCCUGUUUUAGGAGGACACAAACAUAUGCUUUGUGAGGUUAUGCAAUUGUUUACAUUUAUGUUUAAUUACAUUAUAUUUAUGUUAUUACAUUUAAAACUGUUAAUAUAAUUGUAUAAUAUGUCUAUGAUUGCCGUAAGUCAAAUAAACCUGGUUUUUUUUUCCAUGCACACCACAUAAACAACACUGGUUCCCUUUAAAAUCCUCGUAAAACAUGGCGGAACGUCUGCGCGAAGGAGAUGCGCGUACUUAAUUUUCCGUGGAGAGUGGACCUUCUGUUUGUUUAUUAUUCUGUGGUACUGGUAUCUUAGUUUAGUUAUCAACAAAUCGCAAGAAGGGAGACAAACAGUAAAUUAUUGACUUUCAAGCGCCUACCAAGCUCUUUUUGGAUGUACCAGUGCUUAUUGAUCUACUUUACGACAAAGACAAUGAAGGCAAAUUAAUAUGCAUUUUAAAAUGGAAGAAUUGCAUAAAUAUUUUAAACAAUAAAGAGGGACAGUUGAAUAAGAGCAUAUAAAAAAGAAGGAAAAUAAUAUGUAAAACCUAAAUUCUAUAGGGUGACACAUUCAACUAAUUAAGAAAGUUCAUUUGACUGACAAAAAUGUCACUAAAACCCGUUAUUAUGAACUUUGGUCACAAUUGCAAAUAAUACACUAUGGAACAAGACUAAUAUACAUAUGAAGGAAAAGAUUAGAAGAUACCUCCCAAAGAGGACAAAAAAUCAAUAAGUUACAAAUUUGUACGGGAGACUAUCGAUAAAGCUAGUAAAAAAAUAAUACAAAAUUCUGACCUCGAAGCCGACCUAAAACUAGAGAGCUGGAAGAGAAAAAUAAAAAAACAGUGGUGGAGCAUUGUCACCUAAUCUUUGUCGCUAGGUCAUUAAAAAUAUCUCACCUUACAUAAUAGUUCCACGUUUGCUGCUAUAAUAUUAUGAGUACUUUGUAAUUAUUACAAUCUUUUCAACUAAAUCUAAAACGCCACAAUUUGUAGUGUAGUGACUUCCAAUUGUAUAUUAAUUAUUUGAACAAACAAGUAGUGUUUAAAAUGCCAGUUAACUAUUUUUCUUCUCGGGUAAUAUAUUUAUUGUGACAUACAUAGAUACAAAAUAGUAGAUUUUCAAUUGCUACCUAGUAUAAAAAUAAUAAGAGUCAAUUUAAUGCGUCAAAAUUUCAAAAUGUGACAAUUAUUAAUAAAUGAAUAAACCAUAGAUAAAUAAUAUACAGAUAGAUAGGCAACUCAAUGCAUAAAUUUCGUUUAUUAGCACCACUUGCGAGUGGAGCAUCGAGUUAGAAUUCUAACUCGAUGGAGUGGAGUUAUCGCAUAAUCAUUUGGCGGGAAAUUCAAUUGGACACUCCUUUCCUUAUACCCUUUAGCGCCUCUUGCGGGCUAUUUCGUUACUAAUUAAAAUUGACUGGAAAAUUAAAAAUACCUUAUUAUUUUCCGAUGAAAUAAUCUCACAGAUAUUAUUGAAAAAUAAAAGGAUAUAUAAAAAAAAAGCACAAUUUUUUCUAAGCAUAUCUACGUGUAUUUAUUUUUUGGGUUUUUUGGCCGGUUUCCUGUUGCUCAAUGCUGCUUCAUGUAAACGUCUUCUAACUGUUCGAGACGAUAUCGCGACAUUUCAAACAUUUGCUAGUUCAUGUUUUAGCAAAUUGCUGGCGAAUCUCAUAUCUCUGAGAGCACGUGACAAAUUUAUUUGCCAGUUCGUUUUCCACACAAAAUAUUUACUAUCAAAAAACUUUGUAUGCUGUUAUAAAAUAUGUAGAGAGUAUCAAUUUUGACGUAAGAAAUUCUAAGAUAUUCACAAACAAUGAAAUGAGUAUUAAGAAUAAUAAAAAAAUAUUUAAGUAAUCACUAAAUACUUUUCUAGAGACAAAUUAUAAUUCAAUAUAAAAAAGAAAUUAUAAAAAUCAUGAAAAACUGAAAAACCGUCACAGUAAAGUUAAAGACUUUUACAUAAGGUGGAAAAAAAAUUAUUAAAUAAAAAAUUACUUACACCGUUAAUUAAGAGCAGAAUAGAUAUAUCGGGUGUUGAUGCGGAAAUAGUGGGAAGGGAUUGGUCUUAUCAGUUGUAACAUUACAAGAAUGACAAAGUAAGUUGUAAUAAUUAAUAAAUAACGAUAAGUAUUUAUGAAAUGAACCAUGUCACAAAAACAAUUAUGCAUUUCUAUUAUUUUUAUAGCUAGGUAGCUUCAAAAUCUUAGAUUUAACCUUAUAUUAAUGAUCAACCCCUAUCGAUAUAAAAGUAGAUCAGCUUGUAUCAUACAGUUAAAAUCCCGACGAAAUUGCUUCAUAUAUAGUCUUUUAUUUUAUUACUGCCCUAAAGAAACUGCUGAAGCAUUUGAAUCGAAAUAUAAAAUGUGAUAUAAUUGUACUAUUUACAAAAAAUAAUAUGCACAGAUAUCGGCAAAUAUUUUUGACUGUCUCUGUCUGUUGAUAUUCUUGUAAGUAAAUUAUUAAAAAAAAAGAAGUCGUACAAAAAUUACUGAAUGUUUUAAAAUUAGAUCAAUAUUGGUACUUUAAUUUAAUUAUAGAGUACAGUUACUUCUUAGAGAGUUUUUUAAAGGUCCCAAAUUUUUGUUUUUAACAAAAAUUUUACGAAAACUUUUACUUUUACUUCCGUUUAGUAGCCUAGAGGAAUUGUGUAGUGGGAAUUGGGUGUUAAAACAAUAAAUUGGUAUUUUUUAUGGAUUAACGAAAUAAAAUUAUUGUAGACUAAAACCAAACACCAAUAUUUUUCUUCAAGCUUAUGUAAAUUAUUAUUAUUAAUUAAUUAUGUUGCUCACUUAACUUUCAACAUAAAAACUUCAAAAAUGAAUUGCCUACAUGAAAUUCUAGGCUUACAUGGAGCUCUAACUCUUGUGUUGGUCUAUUUCAACGGUUUGUUACGAUAGUACUGCGAGUCAACAACCAACAGUUAAGGAAUGAUUCAAAUACUCAACUUACUCUGAAGUUAAAACGUGAAUCCGCUCAAAACAACUCUGCAACGGCCGUUACCGCUCUCUGUUCGAAUCAUCGACCAUUAUCGUGUUCCUUGUGAUGGUAGGGGUUGCUGUUACCGCGCAUCCCGUCUGUUGGCGAGUCCUUGCUCCUGUAAAACAAUAUAGUUGAAUGUUGAGUUUCGAUUAUAAGUUCGUCGAGUACUUCAGUUGCCAUCAGCUUACCUACUAUUAAAGAAGCUACUUACAAAAGUAGUGAAACGUCAGGAGACGCCUAAAAUGACUUGAUUCAAAUCCAAAAGUCGAUUAUUAAGAAGCAUUAACGCUUUUACCGGUUGUACCUAGAUCCUUUUUUGGGCCACAAUUAUUCUCCAUUCGUUUUACCUACUCUGUGUAAUUUCUCUAUUCCACUUAUUAUUUUAGAGUUCUUGUAAGUUGCUUUGAGUUCAUCAAUGAAGUACUUUAUUCAGGCCUGCACAUAUCACCUAGUACUGUUAUGGUCUUAUGAUUCUGUCUUUCUUUUCUUUGUUGUCAGUUUCAUUCACAGUUGCCAAAAAGAGAUUGUGUAAUGUUAAAUCUAGCUUAAGUCUAACCAAAUUAUGAAGAAUUUGGCAAUUUUCAACGAUUUUCGGAAAAUUGUUACCAACUGGUAACAUAAAUGAAAAAUGUAUGAUUUAUCUUAGUAUUUACCUUACUAGAUGUUAUAUAUAAUAAUCAGCUGUAAAAUAGUUAUAGAUAAAACCGUAAACACGGCUACCUUGGAUGGUUCCCUAUGUGAUGAGAUGCCAAAAUUUAUAAGUGUUUGUAAGUUUUUAAGAUGUCUAAUGUGCCCGAAGUAUUUCAGCUUGCGUAUUUUGGUUAUAUCGACAAGUUGUGUUGUUGAAUUGAUUUAUCUAAGACUAUAGAAUAUAUAGAAGUCUAUUCUAUUCUAUAGAAUGUUGGCAUUUACCUUAGCAAAAGUGAGACGACACUAUAAUUUAUAACUCAAAACUAAAAACUCCUCAUUGAUUUAGCAGCGCAUAUUAUUGCCCAUGUUAGAGAGCGAAACAAGAUAGUACAGAAAUGUAGGAUGGCGUAUUCUAUUAUCGCCAUCUAUCAGAAAAAUUUCGAAGAUUCGCUGUUACUACCUUCACAGUAAUAUGUUCAUGAACCUUUGUCGUCUACACACAUGUUAGGAUUCUACAACUGAUGGCGCAAUCUAGAAAGUUAAAAUUUUUUAAUAUAAUUAGCUUAAAACACUAACUAAUUUAUUAUGUACACAUUAAUUUUACUAUUAAAUAUUUUAAAUCAACAUUUUUAACAGAAUUAAUUCAUUUACUAUCAAAAAGUUAAAAGUGGUCUUUUGUUUUAUUAAUCUUCAUAUUUUUUUACUGCAAGACUAAUUUAUUAUUGACAUUUAUUUGAUUGUAACAAAUAUAAUUGGAUUUUGAUAUGAAUUAACUAAUUCAGUUAAUUAAAUAGAAGAAACAGAAAAAAUUAACGGCUAAUUAGUUAAAUGUUGAAUUAAGGGAGUUAUAAAAUUGGUCGUAAUAGUUAGGGCCUCUUAGUAUAAUUUGCUGAUCUUAAAUCUUUUAAGAUUCGUUUUAUUUAUUAUUGAGUUUUAUUAAUACUAAAUUAAAUGGAUUCCUAAAAUUGAAAUUAAACUUCUUAUUGGGAACUAAACGUUUAAAGUAUUGAGUGAAAGUUUUCAAAUUGUCCGAAAGGCAAAAGGGACUGCGAUUUUAGGAGAAUACAUAGGGUGUUAGUGUUUUAUUGAAUACAUAGCAUUCAAUUGAAUUCUCAGUUAAAUUUUAAACUAAUCAAACUCGGUAGUGUGUUUCUAGCUAAUUCUUUAGAAUCGACAUUAUAUUUGGAAAAAACAUUAGUCUAAAUUUAGAUAAAUAAAUGUUUGUAUGUUAUCGAUUGACGGAAAUAUCGCUCGUUUUUCAAACUUUCGUAUAUAGCUGUAUUUUUCUGCAAGAGAGAACGAACGAUGUUUCUGUGUAAGAUAGUAUUUACAUUAAAAAAAGUGUGAUUUAAUGAGUGCUGAGUAUUUACAACUAUAUUAGCUAUAUGAAUUUUGUUAUAUAUU